CGAACGCUGCUGCCCCAAACCCAAAACAAAGAAAAGAAAAAGGUAUGGCCCGAAUGCUACCGAAAACCCUACUCCUCCGCCACUCCAUUUUCCACCACCACUCCUCCUUCCUCCGCCGCUUUUCAACAAAAGCUGAACUUUACGAAAUCGACCUGGACUCCGCUUCUUCAUCGGCAUCCGCCGUUAACAAAAUGGAGGAAAUCAUCCACUCCAUAAUUGUCCAAAAAUCCACCCCUGAUUGGCUCCCUUUCCUCCCGGGCUCCUCCUUCUGGGUCCCUCUUCCUCGCCAAGGUUCCAAGAGAGUAUCCGAUUUCAUGGAUCAAUUGACCAAUCAGCUCACUCCCGACGAGUACCUCUCUCUCACCACCGGACGCGGCUGGCCCUGCGUCAACUUUUUUGUCUCAGAUGGACACUAUACAGAUGUUACAAGCAUGGAUGUGGAAUUGAAAUUUCCAGAGCAGGAGGAGGGGGAAGUUAAGGUGGAGAUUUUGAUUGGUUCAGGCGACAAAACUUCUUGACACGUGGACGGUGACGAUGAUCCUACUGAAUAAUUUCCAUCUCUCUCAAACACGACAUCUCAUCUCAGGCUUUGCGUACCUUUCACCUAGUUCAUCCUGGGAGAGGCUGCUUAAUGAAAAUGCAAGUAAGAUAUUGUACAGAUACAAUUUCCGUAGUUUUGGGAUUGAGAGUUUAAUGUUAUAGUUUGCUUCAAGACUUGUUUAACUUCAUUCUACUAUUGAAGUUGUCGAGGAUAGGUAGACCACCUAUUAUCGUUAUUUACUGUACAUUUGCAUCAAUCACCGAUUGGAUGAUUAGUUACUUUCUGAAGUUACUUAAAAAACAAAAUCUCAUGGCUUAUGGGUGUGUUCUUUUCUUAAGGCUAUUAAAAUUCUUGUGUUUGGUCA